UCGGAUGCGUGCAAUGAAGAAAGCACGCACGCAUAAUCCGUGGAUAUUCGCCGCCAGCCAAUCCUUCAUCCAAGUCUUGCCAAUCUCGACUAAUAAUAAUCUUGUUAGCGCGUGUUUCGAGCCUAAGACAAAAACAAACAGAGAAAAGAUUCGCGCUUUGCCAUAUAUAACCCCUUCGCCCUUCGUCUCUUUCUUCCCCAAGCAGCCAAGCUCACACUCUCUGAAGCCGUCGUCUCCAUUAAUCGCGCCCACACUCUGCUCACUCCUCUGUUCCCCUGCUUCCCCUGCAAAUUGCAGAAACAGGGGGAUCGCUCAUGGGCACCGCUCGCCGCCGCCUGGGCCUGCUGUUCCUGGCGGCGCUCAUGGCCGCCGCGCCGGGCACCCACGCCGGCAUCACAAGCGCCUACCGCCGAAAGCUCGAAGCGACAGCCGACAUGCCAUUCGACGCCGACGUGUUCCGCCUGCCCACCGGCUACAACGCGCCGCAGCAGGUGCACAUCACGCUGGGGGACCAGGCGGGGACGGCCAUGACGGUGUCGUGGGUGACGGCGAGCGAGCCCGGGAGCAGCACGGUGCGGUACGGGCGCGGCUCGCCGGACCCGAGGAAGAUGAAGCUGUCGGCGCGGGGCACGCGCACGCGGUACAGCUACGUCAACUACACCUCCGGGUUCAUCCACCACUGCACGCUCACGGGGCUCAAGCACGGGGCCAAGUAUUACUAUGCCAUGGGGUUUGGGCAUACCGUCAGGAGCUUCUCCUUCACGGUUCCUCCUAAGCCUGGGCCUGAUGUGCCCUUCAAGUUCGGCCUCAUCGGCGACCUGGGGCAGACAUUCGACUCGAACAGCACGCUCUCCCACUACGAGUCCAACGGCGGCGCCGCCGUGCUCUUCGUCGGCGACCUCUCGUACGCCGACACGUACCCGCUCCACGACAACCGUCGCUGGGACUCCUGGGCGCGCUUCGUGGAGCGCAGCGUCGCCUAUCAACCAUGGCUGUGGACGACCGGCAACCACGAGCUGGACUACGCGCCGGAGCUGGGGGAGACGACGCCCUUCAAGCCCUUCACCCACCGCUACCCAACCCCGCACCGCGCCGCCGGCAGCACGGAGCCCUUCUGGUACUCCGUCAAGAUUGCCUCCGCCCACGUCAUCGUGCUCGCCUCCUACUCCGCCUACGGCAAGUACACGCCGCAGUGGACGUGGCUGCAGGACGAGCUCAAGAAGGUCGACAGGGAGGUCACGCCAUGGCUGGUGGUGCUCAUGCACUCGCCCUGGUACAACAGCAAUGGGUACCAUUACAUGGAGGGCGAGACGAUGCGGGUCCAGUUCGAGAGCUGGCUCGUGGAUGCCAAGGUGGAUGUCGUGCUCGCCGGGCAUGUGCAUUCGUAUGAGAGGAGCAAGAGGUUCUCUAAUGUCGAGUAUGACAUUGUUAAUGGCAAGGCCACGCCGGUGAAGAACCUCCAUGCCCCGGUUUAUAUCAACAUUGGGGAUGGGGGCAACAUCGAGGGCAUCGCCAACAACUUCACGAAGCCGCAGCCGGCGUACUCGGCGUUCAGGGAGGCGAGCUUCGGGCACGCGACGCUGGAGAUCAUGAACAGGACGCACGCGUACUACGCGUGGCACCGUAACCACGACGGCGCCAUGGCCGCCGCCGCCGACUCCGUCUGGCUCACCAACAGAUACUGGAUGCCCACGCAUGACGACUCCAUCUGACUCAUCUUCCUUGUUAAUUUGCUCAAUGUGUUCUACAACAAACGCUCGCACUACCUCUUUUUUUCUUUCUUCCUUUAGUCAUGGGCUCAUGGCAUUAUGCAUUCGCGUUGAUCUUAGUGCAAUGCAAUGAGAGACCAAACAUAUGGCGUUUGUUUUUUCAUAAAUGAAUCGACCCAUCAUUGACAUGCA